UGAAUUCAGCUGUGGUAGAGAACUGGGAGCUGCUUGUUAUUGUUAAGCCCCAAUAACGAAGUAUUCUAGUAAAGAAGAUGCAAACUCUGCAUAGCAGCCAAUCUGUUAGACCUUUUAAACUGAGAAAGAGUUUUGCAACUAGACUGGAAGAAGUAGCAGGAAUUCGGGCAAAGUUCCCAACAAAAAUCCCGGUAAUUGUUGAACGGUAUCAGAAAGAAAAAUAUCUUCCUCUACUGGACAAAACAAAAUUUCUUGUUCCUCAGGAGCUGACCAUGACACAGUUUAUAACCAUCAUUAGAAGCAGAAUGGCUCUAACUGCUACACAAGCUUUCUACCUGCUGGUGAACAACAAGAGUCUGGCCAGUAUGUCUCUGACACUGGCUGAAGUGUACAGGGACUACAAAGAUGAAGAUGGCUUUGUAUAUAUGACAUAUGCUUCCCAGGAGAUGUUUGGAUGUCUCUUGCCCACUGCCCAAGGGAAACUUAUGGAAUGCCUUCUAAAAACAUAAGGGCAUGUCUGACUGCUGCUGUUAGGCAGCUGAUCAUGCCAGUGACUUGAAGAUCAGAGAUGCUCUUUCUAGUAUGGGAUCUUAAACACUGUACUGAGGGCUAAUGGCCCAGAUGUUGGCAGGACCAACUAAUGCAGCAGUGGUGGUGCUCUAUUCCUAGAUAAGUAACUUGGAGAUAUAUAUUUUAUAUUUGAAAAGACACUAGUGGGUUUUUUGAACUGCACCUUUAGAUUUUUUUUUUUAUAAUGUCAAUGUUUAAGUUAUGUAACUGCUUUUUAAGGGAACUCUAAAGCCUGAGCCUAAUAGAUACAAAUAAAGAUACUUUUUAAGACUAGGUUGAAUGUCAGUAUUAAUCUGGGGGAAGUAUCUAGAAGUCUCCUAGAAAAGUGUUGUGGAGUACACCUGGAGCAUAGGAGCAGCUGCAGAAGUUUUAAAGAGUGACUUGAAAUAAUGGAUUGUGUGCACAUGUUCUUUAAAGAUGGUGGAGUAACUUAUUUCAUGGUACACAUCACUAACCUAGAUUGUACAGCACCAUAUAGAGCAUAUUGAGUAUACAGCCCAGUUGUCUAUUUAUGGAAAUGUUCCUGUUGAACUAUAUGGCCCAGCUACUGUAUGAUCUAAUGAAACCGGCUCAGCCUAAUAAACAGUUGACUAGACUA